AUGGCAGAGGAACUCAAGAAGCUCACUGGUAGAGUUCAGAGUGUUGAAGGUGGUAAAGGUGUUGAAGGUUUAAACUAUGAGGACCUAUGUAUUCAGCCGGAUGUGGAACUGUCGGAAGGUUACAAACCUCCCAAAUGCAAAAUGUUCGAUGAAACUGGUGACCCGAAAGUGCAUCUAAGAAUGUAUUGUAACAAGCUUGUAGGAGUGGGCAAGAAUGAACAAAUCCGCAUAAAACUGUUCAUGCGAAGCCUUACAGGAGACGCCUUGUCUUGGUAUAUUAGAAACCCCAAGAAGUGGGUUAGUUGGGUGAGUGUGGCGUCAGACUUCAUAGAUAGAUUCGGGUUCAACACGAAAAAUGCGCCAGGCAUUUUCUACAUUCAAAACCUCAAGAAUAAGCCGACAAAAACCUUCCGCGAGUAUGCUACUCGUUGGAGAUCAGAAGCCGCAAAGUUCUCUGAUAAUAUCAAGUUAGGAGAAAGAAUAGAAGAAGGAAUUAAGAAUGGGAUGGUGACCAAUUUCGAGGCACUGCAGGCCAAAAAUAAAGCUUUGCAAUCAGGAGGCAUUUCGAAGAAGAAACAAGUGGGUGCUAUGAUGGAAGGGUCCAUCGGACUCAUCCGAGAGGGAGACAUUCCUAAAACAUCUCCAGUCACCCUCACGCCAGUUGUGGUACAAUCCCAGGCACCAUGUGAAGUUGAGGUAUCUACACCCUUCAUUAUGAUAGUAUCUCCCAUGCCAUCUUACAAAUCGGAUGUCGUCCCAUGGGACUAUGUUGCGGAGGCAAGAAGAAAUAAAAAAGAAAAAAUGGAGGAAACAUGUACCACGCAAGGUAUGACUAGAACUGGCAGAGUUUACACAACUGAGAAUCUUGGACGAACAAGCAAGGAAGCUACAUCUAAGUUGCUUGUUAUCGAGACUGGUGCUGACGAUCUUUAG